UAUCCUGGAACUUGCUAUGUAGGCCAGGCUGGCCUGGAACUCAGCCAUUUGCCUGCUUUUGACUACUGAGGGCUGGAAUUAAUGGUCUGUUCCACCAUGCUUGGCCAUUCUUAAAAUUCAUAACUUUUAUAAUUUAUUUAUUUUUAUUUUAUGUGCAUUGGUAUUUUGCCUGCAUGUAUGUCUGUGUGAAGGUGUCAGAUCUUGGGAGUUACAGACAGUCAUGAGCUGCCAUGUGUGUGCUGGGAAUUGAACCCCGGUCCUCUGGAAGAGCAGUCAAUGUUCUUAACUGCUGAGCCAUCUCUCCAGCCCCAGCCAUUUUUUUUUGAGAGCUGUAACUGUUCUCUCCAGAUUUUUCCUGGCUCCUCUGACUCAGCAGGAUGUUAAGGGGUGGCAGGCAGCCUGUCUUGGAGAAGAGUUGUCCCCCCUUUGACCACUAUUCAAUUAAUGAUGCUUUUGGAAUUGGUGUUAUGCCCCAUCCUUGGAGUAGGAGAUCAGUGGUCCGUGGGUUUGUAUUUUCCAGGCUGCUCCACUGCUCAGAAUCUAAUCACAGGCCCAGAAGAGGUGAGAGGUCAGGAGCAGGGCUCCUUGACUGUGCAGUGCCGUUAUACCUCACCCUGGAGGAGUCACAGAAAGUACUGGUGCCAAGGACCUGACUGGAGUACCUGUAAGAUUCUCAUUCAAACUGAUGCAUCAGAGCAGGUGAAGAAGAACCGUGUGUCCAUCAUGGACAACCAGACAGACCUCAUUGUCACAGUGACCAUGGAGGAUCUGAGGAUGAGCGAUGCUGACGUUUACUGGUGCGCAAUUGACAGAUUUGGAUAUGAUUACAAGUUUAAAGUUGUUGUGAACAUUGACCCAGUGUCGACCACGCUCCCCAUCACCUCCACCACCACCAUGUUCACAACAGAGACAGUCGCUGUAAAAGAGACCAGCACGUUCUCAACGCAGAGCAACCACUACUCCGAUGACAGGCACGGCAGUGAUGAUGAAGGCGGGCUUUGGAAUCUCAGUGUGCUCCUUCCAGCCAUUUCUGCGGUGCUGUUGCUUCUCCUGAUGGUGGCCUCCAUCUUUGCUUGGAGGAUGGUGAGGAGGCAGAAGAAAGCUGCUGGGCCAUCUUCAGAACAGGUAAAAUCUCUGGAGGGUGAACUCUGUUAUGCAAACUUGUCUCUGAAGCAGCCCAGAGCCUCUCCUGGCUCCUCCAUGCCCUCCUCUGGCAAGGCCCACCAGGAGGAAGUGGAGUAUGUCACCAUGGCUCCCUUUCCCAGGGAGGAGAUUUCAUACGCAGCUCUGUCUUUGGUGGCCUUGGGUCAGGAGCCCACUUACAGCAACACUGGAUGCCUCGUCACCCAGAUUCCCAGGACAAGCCUUGAGGAGACCACAGAGUACAGCAGGGUCAGGAGGUACUAGCUUGUGGCGAUGCCUCCAUCUUGGUCCCUGAAGAAGGCCUGAGAGCAUGUUUCUGCACGCCUGCCUCCG